AUGGCACUGUCACUGCAUACUUCACACGCUGAAUGCCAGGCGAUUUUCGACGGGUCCCUUAAAGCCUGUGCCACCCGAUGCCUCGUGCCCAGAGAUGGCACCAUGCCCGUCUGCGCAACGAAGGAGAACCGGGAAGUGAAAUGGGGCGUGUGUACCGUAGACUGCAGCCACAAUUACUGUGACGACCAAUGCCGGCAAAGAAUAGUCACGUUGGACGGUGAAGCUUCGUGGAUACAGGUGGUCUCUGCUUCUGCUUCUUCGUGGCUGCAGGUGGUCUUUGCUUCUGCUUCUUCGUGGCUACAGGUGGUUUCUGCUUCUUCAGAGGGUGCUGCUGCGUCGGGAAAAGAAAACGUAGAAAAUCAGAAUCCUGAAGAGACAAGAGAAUUUAGAAGGAGGAAGAGGACGCCAUUCAUUCCAUUCUUCAAAGGCCAUAGACUUAAGAUUUCACGUAAGUACCACAGAGACAAAUUUUGCCAAGGAAGACUGAAACAAUGCUGAAAUAAUGAUAACGCU